AUGAACGUUUUGUCCAAGUUAUUGGACAAGUCUGCAGUGGACCACAAGAUGGGUUAUCAUCCUAAAUGCAAGAACUUAAGCCUUACUCAUUUGAGUUUCGCUGAUGAUAUUCUUGUUUUUUCAGAUGGUAAUUCACGUUCAAUACAAAGCAUCCUAGACGUCUUUGGAAGAUUUGCGAACAUCUCAGGCCUGGUGAUGAGUGUGGAGAAAUCAACGAUUUAUUGUGGUGGUAUGCAGGAGGAGAAUAGGCAGGCAAUACAGAAUCAGUUCCACUUGGAUGUUGGCCAGUUACCUGUUCGAUAUCUUGGCCUUCCACUCUUGACAAAGAGAAUGGGGAAAAAUGAUUAUCAGCCUCUUGUUGAGAAGCUAAAAAAGCGUAUUAGUCUCUGGACAAAUCGUUUUUUAUCUAGGGCUGGGAGACUGCAACUUAUAAAAUCCGUGCUCAUGAGCAUUAUAAACUUCUGGAUGUCAUCUUUUUGCCUUCCAGGAGAAUGUCUGAAGGAGAUUAAUAGUUUGUGCUCAGCUUUUCUCUGGACAGGUCCGGAGUUGAACGCUAGAAAAGCAAAGAUUGCUUGGGAGGUGGUCACGACAAAGAUAGAUGAAGGGGGUCUGGGUCUACGGCCACUGAAAGAAGUUAAUGCAGUUUGUUGUCUGAAGCUAAUAUGGAGGGUCACAUCUUCUCACUCUCUAUGGGCUAGGUGGGUUAAAGAAUAUCUAUUCAAGGGAAAGACGUUCUGGGCAGUUCAUUCAAACUCAACGCUAGGAUCAUGGGUAUGGCGUAAACUGUUGAAGUAUCGCGAUAAAGCGAAAGAGUUUCAUCACAUUGAAGUUAACAAUGGGCGUGGUACCUCAUUCUGGUUCGAUGAAUGGUCAGAUAUGGGUCGCUUAUUUGACAUUGUGGGAGCAAGGGGUUGUAUUGAUAUGGGAAUCUCUUUUACCGCAACGGUGGAAUCUGCUAUGACUCGUCGCCCACGGCGACAUAGAUAUGAUCUUUAUGUUAUGAUUGAGGAAGCAUUGAAUAAACAGAGGAGCAAAAUGAAUCAUGGGAAAGAUGUUGUGUUAUGGAAACACAAUCUGAACACUUUCAAACCAAAGUUUGACACAAAAAGCACUUGGCUGUUGAUUCGUGACUCAAAACCGGAUGUUAGCUGGUACUCUACUGUCUGGUUCCCUUCCUCCACUCCGAAAUACAGUUUCAUGGUCUGGAUGCGAUACAUAAUCGGUUAUCCACUGGAGACAAAAUGCUCCUCUGGAACUCUGGACUAA